AUGCGCAUAAUGCAACCAGCGAUUGGCAAUUUUUGCAUUGCAAUGGGUUAUCCUACCAAAAUCAAAGCUGCUGUACGCAAGCUCAAUGACCUGGUGGUUAUUGUAUCUUGUCCUUUCAGUUACUUGGGACUCUUUAAUAUAGGUGCCAGAACUGCUCUUAUACAAUGUGAAGGAGGAAUUGUGGUUUGGUCUCCGAUGAUCUAUGGCGAUUAUAUCGUUGAAGGGUUGCAGAAAUUGACUGGAAAUUCGUCCUCAAACCCAGCAGACUAUAAUGUUACUCAUAUUGUAGCAUUGAGUACUGAGCAUUACUUGGGAGUUGAUUCUUUCACUGCUCAUUUCAAAAAAGCCAAGGUGAUCUCAUCAGAAGCUACCACUCGAGUGUCAGUGGACUACAAAUUAACUGAUGCAAUUGCAAACAAGGUUAUCACUUUGAACGACAUUACUCGUGCCAAUGGCUCUGAAACAGAAAAGGGUUUUAACGAACUCGAGUUCGUUUACUUACCAUUGCACUUUGACAAAGAAGUUGUGGUUUACUUGAAACCACAAAAGAUGCUAUUUCAAGCUGACAUUCUUAUGAAUUUGGGUAUACACGGCACCACUACGGGAGACGUAGUUUUAGAGCAAUACUCACCAGAAACUGGUUACCCAAAAGGGUUCAAUCCCCAUGGAUGGAUAUCAUUUGCAACCAGAUAUUUUCAGCCAUUCAGUAAAGUAUACAAUUUAACUUUCACUCGGUUGUUUCCCAGGGCUCAUCUUUCAAAAGCGAGAAAAGGUCUAGCUGCUAUAUGUGACUUGGACUUUGAAACAAUUGUGCCUGCUCAUGGUAAUGUGGUAACCACCCGAGCAAAAGAAGCCAUGAGACAUGUGUGCCGACUUGAAAACGACUUACAAUAA